AUGGCCGCCAUGUCUGCGCUCGCCCACGCGCGCCGGCGCAAACAAGCGACCUACGGCAAGGCCUCUCGCAAUUCAAGCGCAUGGAACAUCACUGGCUUCGCAGACGAUGAGGAUGAGUUGGCGUCAGCAGCAAGUGUUGUUGCACAACCAGCGGUGGAGGUCAGACCCACGGACACACAACGUGUAGGCAAACGCAUAUCUGAACCUCGCCGCCCCCCCAAACAUGUCGAAAGUCGUUCGAUGAAACAAGACAUGUGGGAUGUGCCAUCUUCGGAUGACGACGUGGGUAACAGCAUCAUGCGCCGAUCACCGCCGAAACCCGUAGGGAGGCGUAAAAUUGACAGCGUGGUAGAGGAAGACGUACCGUUAGCGCCCUGGGAGCAGAAGAGGACAUUGCGGACUGGAACGGCAUUGGCAGAGCCUGCUGGAGCGAAUAAAAUUGCUACCGAGAUGCAAAUUCGGGCCAAAACGGGUCCCCAAGCGCAGCAGGGAAAAGAGGUGCUUCCAAGCGCCGAGAGCGUCUCGCCUGAGAAGCUUGUCAGCCCUGGCACUGGAAGCGCUGCAGAUAGACUGAAGGCGAGGAGACAGUUGCUGGAUCGUAGCGCCGCAUCUGUCGCCAGUGAGAUGCAAAAGUCAUCCCCCACGACCCAGAAGCGGUUGGAACAUGGAAGCUCUGAUUCGAACCCAACGCCACGAAAGCGACAUCGACAAGCAAAAGAAGCGACCGAGGAUGGAGGUGAUGUGGUAAUGCUGGAUGUGCCAGGCUGUAGUCUGUCCUCCGUGCAGGCCGCAACCAAGGUCUUACCGAUGGCUUCAUCAAUUGCAGGGGAGGACGCUUCGCUAAAGUCAAGGGCUGCAUCGCGUCAACAGGUGCAGCGAAAUCCUCGUCGUGGAAAGCUCUCAAAUGUAUCUCGAGUGUCCCCGCAAACUAUGGUGUCCGCCCCGGCACGUUUGACGGAAAUGCUUGUGGAUGACACGGAUGCGACGCCAGAUUAUUCCCAUUCGCCGAGUACGUUUACAAGUCGGCCAUCGACUCCUCAGAAGCAUUCGGGCUCGACUGGCACAUCUAGUCCAGAGACUGCAAGGAAGAUCACGUCAACACCAAAGCAAGACCACUUAUGGAGCCAGCUCCUGUCGGAGGAUUCAGCUGUAGGAUCACCAAGCGUGCUACCUUUGGACGGACUCACUUUGCACGCGGAUCGACGCACGGGAGUAAAGAGGACUGCUGCUACUCGGAUCCUCACAAAGUCAAGCUCCGAUAUUGGGCCCACACGGGAGCGUCCUAAGCUAGUUGAUCGCCUCAAAGCAUCUGCACCCAGCUCUGAUUCAGAUCGAAGUGGCAGUGAGCAAGACGAGAGCGACGCGGAGGAUGUUGACAUGAGUAGCGAUGAGCCUGCGGCACAUGAAAGUGGUCAUUGCCAAUCGCAGAGCUAUAGCCAAAGCACAGCAUUUGUCGAGAGUGUCCCUCGGAUUACUUAUUCGCGGGUUCGAUCCUACUUGCCUGAGGAUAGUUUCGAGGAUGGUCUCAUGCUGAGUAUCCCAAGCGCGCCCAAAGCAGCAGCAGCUCCGUCCAUAUCGCGAAAGAUGACGAGUUCGAACUCGGCAUCACAGCAGUCUAUAUAUGACCUGCCAGACAGUGACGAUGAGGAUACUAAUGGACGGCUUCGAACGGUACACGAGUUACGAGCAGCUGGGAGCAACCAGCGAUUCAUGGACGAGACUUCUGGUCUACUGGAUGAUAUCGCCGUACACGCAAUGUCGGCCCGGGGUCGGCGUCGAAGUGCUCUCGUUGAGCUCACGAAGAAGCUCAUGGCCAGUAAAGCGUUUGUGGAGAAGUUUUUCCGACAAGGAUUUGAGCAAAAGCUGCUUGCUGAACUUGCAGCGCCCGCCGACGAGAUUGCAGACUUUGUCCUCGCGGUGGCUCUGGUGAGCCUGCUCACAGAGGAAUGUCCCGAGCACGCAGCGAAAUCUAUGAAGGAGCGCCAUGCUACAGCAUGGUUAGCGCAACGGCUCAUGAAUGAUAGUUGCAUGGCCAAGCGGGCCAAAGACCGAAAGAACAACAUGUCCAAGGCAGCACAGGCAACAUUUAUCGAAUUUGUUGAUAUUGCUUGCGCGCAUGACACCUUCUGGGGUGAUCUCAGGCCUACGGCGAUUACGACUCGCACGGUCGUGUUAAAGGCAUUAGAUAGUCUGGUGGGUAAGCUUCGUCGGUCCGGCGACCGCUCCGAACUCCUCGGGCGCGAAGAAGUGCGAGCGAUCCUAUUCUCCGAGCACGAGCUCGAUCUGCUGAUGGGCCGCGAGGAGGACUUGCCGACGGACAUGUGUCUGUCCGUUUCCACGCUCGAGAAUCUGGCCACGCUGAGCGACGGGAACUCAUGGCCACCCGACGUGGUGCAGCAGCUGGGGAAACUGCUCAUCAGUCCGAUGCUUGCCAGCGAGAAACUCCGGCAUUUGCGCUUUCUGGCGCUGCGGUUAUGUUCCAAUCUCACCAGCGACAACGUGAGGAGCUGUCGGCAGCUGACCAAGCUCACGGUGGUGCACAGCUUGCUGGAAUGCGUCAGCCGUGGCCUGCGAGGGCUGGGUUCCAGCAUGGAGGCGAUCGAUUUGGACGUGUUGGUGCUCGAAAUGGGAGUGACGAUCAACGUGGCUGAGCAGGUCGAGUCUGCGCGAGCGAGCGCUGCGAGCAGAGAGACUGCGCCCAUACUCGUGCAGCUGGUGACAGCGUUCAAUGCCGGACAGAAGCGGCUGCUCGAAGCGGAAACGGAAGAGGGCGCGGCAGCCAACGUGGCAUAUGCCUAUCUGGCCGUGGUACUCGCGAUUCUGUGCAGGAACCGAGAGGCCAAGGUGGUGAUUGCUGGUCAGCUGCCUGGUCAGAAGCUCCACACGCUCAUCGAGGUGGUGGAGGAAUUCAUCAGACAUCAAAGCAGAGUGGAUAAACUCGCAUUUGGCGGCGAGGAAGGCGGUGAAGUGUGGACAGCAUUCACGGAGAAGUUGAAGGGCAUCUUGGAGCGGCUCAAGACGGCAGCAGAGCAGGAUGAUUGA